UAGAAACCCAUUUCUCUGGUACAUUACUGAACUACACUGUAAGUGUUGAUUCAUUGCAAUCUGGUAUCCUCUGCUGUUUCCGUGAAGAGUGGAGCAUUGUCUGAGUGAAGGAACUGAAAUUUGAAGCCAUGGAGUCAACGCUGACGAGAGCUUGGGCUGCUACCAGCUUUAGUGCGCUGAAAACCGCAUCAGUGAGUGCGUCCCCGCGAAUGCUGAGUUCCACCGCAUUUUUUCUUGGAACUUCAGUGAAGCUUAAUGGAGGGUUGUCUUCGUGGCAGGCGGGAUCUCAAUGUCGAGGUAUCCCCUGUCCCAAGAGACUCAAUCAGAGGCUGCAGGUAUCAGCAGCAAUCAAAGAAGUGACGGGAUCCUUAAUGAAGGGCGAGGGUCUAAAAUUUGGCGUGGUUGUGGGUCGCUUCAAUGAAGUCAUAACUAGGCCUCUACUUGCGGGAGCUCUGGAUGCGUUCCAUAGAUAUCAAGUGCGAGAAGAGGAUAUCGACGUGAUCUGGGUGCCUGGAAGCUUUGAAAUUCCGGUGGUUGCCCAACAGCUCGCACUGUCGAAGAAGUACCAUUCAAUUUUGUGUAUCGGAGCUGUGGUAAGGGGUGCCACCACUCAUUAUGAUGCUGUCGCUAACUCCGCUGCCUCGGGAAUUAUGUCGGCUAGUUUGAAGUCAAAUGUACCCUGCAUAUUUGGUGUUCUCACAACUGAGAACAUGGAGCAGGCCAUUGAUAGAGCGGGUGGGAAGGCAGGCAAUAAGGGAGCUGAGGCUGCUAUUACCGCGCUUGAAAUGGCAUCCCUUUUCCAGCAUCAUCUAGGUGGCGGAAUUAGUGAUUAAGUAUUAAGAUUCAGCAAAAGAGGAAAUCCAGAGUUUUGUCCGAGUUGCCAAAGUAGAUUUUUCUUUUCUUUUCUUUUCUUUUCAAUGAGUUUGUACGAAGAGGAUAUCUUCGUCACUUGAAACAGUAUUUUUUCUCAUAAUUCCAUGAAAGCUUGAUCCUCGGGAAGUUACCACUA